AUGCGUCUCACGGUUGAAUUGAUCCAGAACUCCCUUUCAUAUCUCAAUCCUCUCAAAGAGCGCGAGCUAGAUCUUCGAGAGAACUUCGGCGCGGCAAAGGACCACGAUGCAAUCGAUUUCACGGACAACAGUAUAUCUUCGAUAUCUAACUUUCCCUUCUCGCCUCGAUUACGAUCUCUCCUUCUCGCCCGCAAUCGCGUUUCGCAUAUUCAACCAACCCUAGCGACCUCACUUCCAAACCUGACAACCCUAGUCCUUACAGCAAACAAUUUUGCCGAACUAGCGGACCUAGAGCCGCUCAAGACGUUUCCCAGAUUAACGCAUUUGAGUCUACUAGAAAACCCAGUGACCAGGAAAGAGCAUUACCGAUACUGGAUCAUAUGGCUUGCUCCAACGAUACGCUUUCUAGACUACCAAAAAGUAAAAGAUGUCGAACGUGAAAAGGCAAAGGAACUUUUCGGGCCAUCGACGAAACAGCCCACAGCCCUAGCAUCGAAGAUACUAGGCAUAAAGUCCCGCGCGUUCGAUGUCUCUGCAGCUCUGGGUGCAGCAUCAUCUACUUCCUCGCCGGGAGGUGCGGGAAGCGAAAAACCGUUACGAGUCAAGCUGACGCCUGAGGAAAGGAAACGAGUCGAGAAGAUGAUACGAGAAGCCAAGAGUCUGCAGGAGAUCACCAGGUUGGAGAAAGAGCUGAAUGAAGGACGGAUACCUCGUGGUGCUGCUGAUACAGAUGGUGAUAAGGAUGUUGAGAUGACCUAA